UAAAAAAGUAGAAUUAGAGAGCACAGCAGCAUACUUAAUAACCCUGUUAUUAAUUGCAAAGCCCAUAAUAAUCUAAAGAAAGAAGGGAAGCCUAGAAUAAUGGCAAAGAUUAUUCAGAGGUUUAGCUAUGUUAUGUGUCUCUUGGUCUCAAUACUUGUGAAUAUAUUCUUUUUCAGAAAUAUGUAUUAUGAGAAGGAAAAGUUGAGUUGGAGCCAAAGAGCAGCAGAAGAAGCAGAAGCAGUAGCUGCAAUUUCAUGCUCAGGAAAUGGAAGAGUAUUUGUUGAUGGGAUUGUAGUAGAUGGAAAGCCUAUUUGUGAAUGCUAUUCUUGUUAUGGAGGCAAUGAUUGCUCUUUGUUAUUACCCAACUGUCCUGCUGAUGUUGAAGGUGGGGAUCCCCUAUUCUUGGAACCAUUCUGGAUGCAAAAUGCAGCAAGCAGUGCAGUAUUAGUAGCAGGUUGGCAUAGAAUGAGUUAUUUCUUUCCUAAUCAGUCUUACAUAUCCAAGGAACUUGAGAAAAACAUAAGAAAAAUACAUGCAAUUGCCAAGAAUGCUGUCACAAAUGGAAGAUACAUUGUUUUUGGAGUUGGCUCUACUCAGCUCCUAAAUGCUGCAGUUCAUGCUCUUUCUAUGGAGAAUUCUUCUUCCUCUUCCUACACUACGAAAGUGGUCGCAAAUAAAAUCCCUUAUUAUUCGGUUCGUUCUUCUCAAUCAUCCACAUUUUGAGUUAAAUUAUGAAUUCACUUAUAUACACUUUGCAAUGCAACUCAAUUUUACAAUAUUAAUAUAGUUUAAUUAUCCUAGGCUUUAAUACAUAUCCAAAGUAAGAGCUAAAAUUAUAGGGUCUGAUCGAACUUGUAGCUUAUACUACAUUUGCCCUGCUUUAAUAUGCUUGAUAAUAUAAGCAUUUUUGUACUAUCUGUAUUGUUUAAUUAAUUAGUUGUAGCAAGUUAUUUACCUUACUACCAAAGAAUAUGGUAAAUGUUCCUCUAUCCGUAAUCAUAGGUCUCAGAUUAAUUCGAGUCGUGGUAUAGAGUAUUGUUUAGUAGGGAGAGCUAAAAUUCUCUAUGCGGGGCUUUCCACAGCCUGAAUCUGGAUUAAAUAAGCCAGAGGGUGCCGAAUUCCGGAUGAUUAAACCAAGA